UUUCAAUUCAUGCCUAUUUAUCUGGCCGAUUGUGAUGAAACAAUGCGUAGUUAGUCUAUGUUGCGCACCGAUUAACGUUGUUAUCGUAGCAAGGAUCAAUUAUUGAGAGGAUUUUAUUUUUAUAUUAUUACAAGGAGGACCAAAUAUGAGCCAAAUAGAAUCGGUUACUUUUUACAAUGGGAAUAAAGUCCCUGUUAUUGGAUUGGGAACGUGGAAGUCGAAAGGUGAAUCAGCAGUGGAGGUGAUCAAAGAUGCCAUUCGAAUUGGUUACCAUCACAUUGAUACUUCACCGGUUUACGGUAAUGAAAAAGAAAUUGGCGAGGCAAUAACAGCUCUUAUUAAAGAAGGUGUAGUCAAACGCGAAGACUUGUUUGUGACCAGCAAACUGUGGAAUACCCGCCAUCGCCCCGACCUCGUCGAAUCGGCGCUCAAGAAGACCUUAUCCGAUUUAAACCUUGAGUACUUGGAUUUGUACCUUAUUCAUUGGCCUUUUGCUUUUAAAGAGGAAGAUGUACCAUUCCCAGAAGGGCCGGACGGCAAAGUACUUUUCAGUGACGUCGAUUAUGUAGAUACCUGGAAAGCUAUGGAAAAAAUUCACGAGAAGGGUUUGGCUAAAAACAUUGGCGUCAGUAAUUUCAACUCUAAGCAAUUGCAAAGAAUUCUUGAUAAUUGUAACAUUAAACCAGUAACUAAUCAAGUUGAGUGUCAUCCAUAUUUACCUCAAGUUGAAUUAUCGGAAUUUUGCAAAUCAAAAGGAAUAUUGAUAACCGGGUACAGUCCUCUUGGUUCCCCAGAUAGACCUUGGGCUCAACCGGGAGAUCCAAGUUUACUGGAAGAUCCUAAAGUUAAAGGGAUUGCCGAAAAGUACAACAAGUCACCAGCUCAAGUAGUUCUUCGUUAUCAGGUACAAAGAGGUCACAUCGUUAUUCCAAAAUCCGCUUCGAAAGUGAGGCUUCUAGAAAAUACAAAAAUUUUUGAUUUCGAAUUAUCGGAGGAAGAUAUUAAAUUACUGCACACUUUUGACAGAAAAUGGAGAGUCUGUCCAAUGAAUGGGGCCUCGCACCACCAAUGACGACUGAUGUGUCAAUGUCGCCGUUUGAUAAUGAAAUUCUGAGUAUACGUACACGUGCGUAUCAUAUGGCUAUUUAACCAACCCGAACGGAAAUAAAAAAUCUCCCUCGUUUUCAUACACGACGUAUAUUUAUUCUGCUUUUUCAAU